AUGCUUACUACCUCAGGACAAAAUGACACAGUGACAACCCUCUCUCCCGUAGACUCCUAUAGCGCACGUCCCGGCGGAGCAAGCUUUCUCCGCCGGGAUCUCGAGUUGUCGCAGGUGUCGCGUUCACGCCACGGCCGUCCUUUUGACUUACCAGAGCCUUCCGGCUUUGGCGCUGUCACUUGGGGCGACCUUCUGCGACUUCGUCACGGCCCACAUAGCGUGCGGCGUGAAGCACUGGACCGCGACUAUGGAGUCCAACGCAGCCCGGAGAGCACCACCUGCAUCUUCUGCUGCAGUUCGGCACGACUGCUGGCUUCCCGGCGAACCGCUUCAUUUUGGCGCGCGGCCCAACGUGAGCUCGCAAGUCCGCUGCCACGCGGCACAUGUGCCUACAAGAAAUUCCACUUUGCCGUGCCCAUCGCUGUGAUGCCCGCAACUUCAGCACACGGGGCUUUCGAGAAACCUGCCGGGAUGUCGUUGCUAGAAAGACUGCGUGGCUAA